CAAUGCUCCCACCUCAUUGGGGAAGGGAAGGGGUUGGGCCACCUAAAACUCUCCGCCGGGGCCACAUCCUGCCUUCCAGCCCCCUUUCCUCCACACACGGAGGGAGGGAUGUUUUUAACACACACCCCCCCCGCUCACAACCCUUUGGUAGCGCUCCUCCAAUCUGAGGCGAGCGCCCGCCGACGCCCCCUUCCCCCGCGCGAAAACCGAAGUCUCCUCCCCACCCCUUUAUUCCCUCAAACCCCGUUUCCAUAAGCUGGGGGACCCCUUCCGUCGCGCGCAAAGCCCAGCUCCCUCCGCCCUUCGCGGUCUCCUCAGCACUUCAGCCAGCCAUUUACACUCUCGGAGCCACUGGGCAAAACUCGCCCUCAGAAGCAAGCGCGCGCGCAGAGAGAAAGAGAGAGGGAAACAAAGUUAACUUGUGGAGAGAGAGAGAAAGAGCGAGCGGGAGCUAACUUGUGUCCAAAGGCAGAUACAAAGUAGCCCCCUCUCCCCGCCCCGAAGGCGACCUCUCUUGCUCCUCUGGGGUGGGGAAAGCAACUCCACCACGCGGGCGCGCGGAGCAGCCCCGAGGCGGGGAAUUUCGCCCCGUUCGUAAUGUAUGCAUGUAAAUGAGGCGGGCGCAAGGGGUGGGCGCGGAGAGGAACUCGCGCCUCUGAGGCCGCCGCCUCCUUCUCCUCCUCCUCCGCCCCCCCCCCUCAAACCCAGGCGGCCGCGGCGGCAGGAGGCAGCAGCGGCAAUAACAGAAGCAGCUGCGCUGACAACAACACGUGUUCGCUCGGGCACCAUGGAAUUCGAGGAGCUGGGGAUUCGGGAGGAGUGCGGCGUGUUCGGGUGCAUCGCCUCCGGCCUGUGGCCCACGGAGCUGGACGUGCCCCAUGUGAUCACGCUGGGGCUAGUGGGGCUGCAGCACAGAGGCCAAGAGAGUGCUGGGAUUGUGACAAGUGAUGGCGAGUCAGCCCAUUCAUUCAAACUACACAAGGGGAUGGGUCUGGUUAAUCAUGUGUUCAGCGAAGACAGUCUGAAGAAGCUGUACAUUUCAAAUCUUGGAAUUGGCCACACAAGAUACUCUACCUCCGGAGUCUCUGUCUUGGAUAACUGUCAACCAUUUGUUGUGGAAACUCUGCAUGGGAAGAUUGCUGUAGCCCACAAUGGGGAGCUGACAAAUGCUGCACGACUGAGAAGAAAGCUAAUGCGCCAUGGAGUGGGACUGUCUACCAGUUCUGACAGUGAAUUGAUCACUCAGCUGCUGGCAUUCACACCCCCUUUGGAGAAUGACGACACCCCAGAUUGGGUAGCAAGGAUAAAAAAUCUGAUGAAUGAAACACCCACUUCAUACUCGCUUCUGAUGAUGCAUAAAGAUAUUAUCUAUGCUGUUCGUGAUCCGUAUGGGAACCGUCCGCUCUGUAUUGGCCGCCUUGUUCCAGUAGGUGAUAUUAGUGGAAAAGGGAAAACCAAUGCUGAAACUGAAGGAUGGGUAGUUUCUUCAGAAUCGUGUAGCUUUUUAUCUAUCGGAGCAGAAUAUUACCGUGAGGUCAUGCCUGGAGAGAUUGUGAAGAUAUCCAGAUAUGAUGUCCAGACAUUGGAUGUUGUGCCAAGACCUGCGGGAGAUCCAUCAGCCUUCUGCAUUUUUGAAUAUGUGUAUUUUGCGAGGCCUGACAGCAUCUUUGAAGGUCAAAUGGUCUAUUCUGUACGAAGGAGAUGCGGCCAACAGCUUGCAAUUGAAGCCCCAGUGGAAGCUGAUUUGGUUAGCACAGUCCCAGAAUCUGCAACACCAGCAGCCCUUGGAUAUGCUCAAAAGUGUGGACUACCAUACAUUGAAGUACUAUGCAAAAACAGAUAUGUGGGAAGAACUUUUAUUCAGCCAAACAUGAGGCUAAGGCAGCUCGGAGUGGCCAAAAAAUUUGGAGUCCUGUCAGACAACUUCAGAGGGAAGCGUGUUGUCCUUAUUGAUGAUUCUAUUGUACGAGGCAACACCAUUUCACCCAUAAUUAAACUACUGAGGGAAUCUGGUGCUAAAGAGGUGCACGUUCGUGUAGCUUCGCCUCCAAUAAGAUUUCCUUGUUACAUGGGAAUAAACAUUCCAACAAAAGAAGAACUCAUCGCCAAUAAGCCCGAAUUUCAUGACCUAGCCAACUACAUAGGAGCUGACAGUGUUGUUUAUCUUUCGGUAGAAGGAUUGGUAUCAUCUGUGCAAGAAAGCAUCAAGGCGAAACAAGAUAAUGAAAACAACCUUAAAUCCAACAAGUUUCGGGCGGGGAAAAUUGGCCAUUGCAUAGCAUGCCUUGUUGGAAAAUACCCUGUAGAGCUAGAAUGGUGAAUUUCCAGAAUACAGUUACCACUGAAUUAAAGUUGGAACUGACAAGAUGUAUCACACCCAAAGGUGUGCCGUAAAUUGCUACCAAGGAAGUUAUCAAACCACUCAUUUUAGUUAAAUCUUUAUUUGGGAUAGUGAGGACUGUUCAAGAACUUGAAAUAAAAUGCAAAAAUUAUGCAGUAUGAUAAACAUUAGUGCUGUAACUUGGGGUGGCAAAGUUUCUUGAUUCCUUAGCUGGCCUAAUCCUGCCAAGAAACUUGAUCUCUUCUCAGGCUUUUAUUCACAGCCUUGGUUUAUUACAAAUGACAUUCUGAAAGAAACUGCGAGCCAUUAAGUCAUUUCAAUUUUUUGAACAGGGUUCAACCAGGGCGGGCGGGGGGGGGGGAAUGUGAAAUUUGGUUUUAUAUACAGUGGUACCUCUGGUUGUGAACGGGAUCCGUUCCGGAGGCCCGUUCGCAACAUGAGCGUGUCCGUCUGCGCAUGCGGCGAAACCCAGAAGUAACCCUUUCUGGGUCGCAGCCUGAAAACACGCAACCUGAAGCAAACGUAACAUGAGGUAUGACUGUACAUGACAAAUUCUGAAUUCAUAGAAUUCUGAAUUCCAUGCUUCCCUAGAAAUUUUUAUCUAGCUGUUUGAGUUCUGUUUAAGAAUGAAGUAAGUGCCUGUAUUUUUGCUUAUGUAACUAAAUUCAUGUGUAAUAACUUGCUUCCAAAGAGACUGAAUAUUAUUUUUAUACAAUAUGUUGCUGAGACUGGGAGACUCAGGGAAGUACUAAACCAAAAUUCUUUAAUACCUUGAGCCUUAACGAAUUCAAACCUGAAUAUAUAUAUACUGUCUUAUUGUGAUUUCGUUGUGCGUCAAAGGCAUUUGACAGGGGAAAUUAGGCUGAUAACCAUCCUGAGUGCUAUGAUUUAUUUUGCUAAUUUUCCUCACUAUGUUUUUGUUGUGAAUACUUAACUGUAAUCUGAGUGAAUGUUUUUACUGAAUGUAAGCCUUCAAAGAAGACUCAAAACAUUGAAAAAUUAUCAUGUGGACUUAUUUUGGUAGAGUAUUUUAACGUAUGGUAGUGUUAUAUAUAUAUAACUCUUUAAUGUAUAUAUAUUA